AUGGAUCCUGGAGACUCUUGCGCCGUAUAUUUGGAUGACCGUGUGAAAGAACAGCGCUGGGUAGUGAGGAACGCAUCUACGUCUUCCGAAACGAAAGUUACUGGACUACAAUGCGCUAUCCCUGAGGAUCCGGAACUUCACACCAAUGUUGAACUGUUUCUGGGUGUCUUCAAGAAAGUUUUCUUAACAAAAUCUAGAAAAGAAUUUGCCAAAAUAUUAACGGAAGUCAAUGAAAGUUGUCGGCCGAAUUCUAACCCUUUAUUUGCCCUUGUCGCCAUCAGCAUCAUUGGUUCAUCACAGGAUACGCCUCAGUCGUCUGAACAUCCUCCAAACUCAACCCUGACGAAGCCACCGUCACGCAGAACUGAAGUCGGACGGGUUCUACCAUUUUCAUCCGAUGAGGAUGAAUUUUGUGCGAUAGAUCUUCUUGCGAGAUUUUCCUCGAAUUUGAAAGCCCAGGAUGAAGUCAAUCUCGCCGUCCCAAUUGCCGUCUUACGGUUUGUACAAGAAAACGAUGGAGAAAUAUAUUCUACCCAGCGCGAAGAAGAUUUUUCUAUGGUUACCAAGUGUAUAAAUCGUUGCUUAGAUGCUGGGGUCGUCGACGUCCUUAUUUCGCCGCUGGAUGCUCCAAGAGUCCAAGCUCUCUUGGUUCACGCAUAUCGAAUACAUAAAAGCGCGCGAGAAGAACAACUGCAGUCUACGGAAAACCGGAAACUCAGAAAACACUCGUGGGUUGGUGCAAGUGACAGUCAGCAACCAUACGGAUAUCUUAGAGAACUCAUGGUCACUAAACUUAUGAAACGAAUAUGCAAUCCCGAGGAAGAGGUAGAGGAUUCUCAAACACGGUAUGCAUCGUCGUUGAAAGUGUCUCAAGAUACUCGAGGCUUAGCUGGGCCCGGUAAUCUUGAAAUCCUUCACGAUCGCAAACACCUCGUUGAGAUUGAAAUCAGCACCUGGAGUUUCUCAGCCCAUGAUUUCUCAGAGGACGAACUUGUACACGCUUCAUUCACGAUGAUACAACAUGCCCUUAAAAUGCCAGAAUUGGAACAUUGGCGAAUCCCAUCAACCGAACUUCACUCGUUUUUACUUGCCACUCGUGCCACAUACAAUUCUUUCGUGCUAUACCACAAUUUUCGCCAUGCUGUGGAUGUUCUACAGUCGACUUUCCACUUGCUCGUCUGCAUGGGAGUUUUACCGCGCUAUCCGGAUGGAAUUACGCAAUGCAGCACAAGGAGUCCAAUUGCAUUAUUGCUGACCCCAUUUGACGCUUUAACGCUGCUGAUCACUGCUCUUGGUCACGAUGUCGGUCAUCCAGGGGUAAACAACAUCUUUCUCGUCAAAUUAAGCGCUCCACUCGCCCAGCUGUACAACGAUACUUCGGUUCUGGAAUCUUUCCAUUGCGCUGCAUUUUCUCAGAUCUUACGGAUGCAUUGGCCCGUGGUUUUCGCGGAUAUGAAACUGCGUAAAUUGAUGAUUAGUUCAAUCCUCGCGACCGACAUGGGUAUUCAUUUUAAAUUUAUGGAAUCCCUGAAUGCACUUCAGGAGAAAUAUCACAAAUCUCAUACAACGCAAGGGUGGAAGCCGCAAGAUAUAGAGGCUCAUCGGUCGUUACUCUGCGGUUUACUCAUCAAAUGUGCCGAUAUUAGCAAUGUGGCCCGCCCGUGGGUAAUCGCAGAACGAUGGACGAAUAUCUUGCAAGAGGAAUUUGCUCACCAAGGCGAGAUGGAGAAGAAUGUCGGGAUAGAAACUGCACUUUUCGGUGGCCCUCCGGAACUUGGAAAUAUUCCCAAACUCGCCAAGGGUCAAAUGGACUUCAUGAAGUUAUUUGCACUGCCCCUUUUCGAAGGCAUGGCGGAUAUUAUACCGGAGAUGGCAUUCACUGCAGUCGAGAUAAGACGUAAUUGGUCAACUUGGCAAAGACUCGUGAGUGGAGAUUUGCACAGCAUGUCAUCACAUGAAGCGUCAUCUCAACAGGCCCGCCCGUCGUCGGAUCUUGCGAGUGUAGAACCUGUUGGAAAGCCUCUCCAGGGUACCGUUGUUGAUCGUGAAAAGACACCACCUGCUUCAUCAUUACCAUUGUCCCGUACGGCUGACCACGUGCCUCCAACUAAGGAUAGUGGAAUAGAUGGGAAUCUUGAAGCUGAGAAAGGAAAUAUGGGCACCCCUGAUAUCUCCUCCUCCGCCGUAUCGACGACUGCUUCAGAACAUAAUGAUUCAGCUGCAGAUGGGAAUCAAGUGUCCAAUUCCAGACGGGUUCAGUCUCACCGCCUAUCUCAGCGCUGGUCUACUCGUCCAUCAACUAUAAUAGCACCGAAUCGCCAAAGUGAGGUUACACUCGGAACGCGUACUCAAAGUGCCAGCACCUAUACGAAUAACACUGUGGUGACUCCCAUAUCCUCAACGACGCAGGCCAGCAGCUUUAUCAGUGUCGGUAGCAGUAAUGGCGACCAAGAUUACGUGAACCCGGCGAGCGAGCCUGAUCCGGAAAACAGCUUUCCGAGCUGCAAUUCCCAAGGCCUGGCGGAACAAGAUAAUGGAGAGGGCAGCAGUAAUCGCCCUACCCCUGUGGCUAUAUCAGCCGGCCCUGGCCGUCCGCAUCACCUUCACCCCUACCACAAUAUCGUUAACGGCAGCAAUGGGAAAUCCCCGCAUUUCAUGAGUGCCCUGAUCGACAGAAGUUUCGGCACCAACAAAAGCAAUGGAUUCAGCAUAACAAACCCCACCUGCUCUACCUCCGACAACAACUGCCAUCCAACCGGCAAUCCACAUUUCUCGAAUCAUGAUCCCCUACCCAACCACAACACAAGCAACAACAUGAAUGGAAAUACCAACAGAAGCAUCUCACGACGAAGAAGUCGCUUAAGACUCGCUUUCUGGCGUCGCAACACAACAGACAAUAGUCGCAGCCCAUAA